GCAGUUGUGUCAAUGUUUUCACGGUAUAUUUGUCAAGAAAUACACAUUUACAUGUUUUACUUACGUAGUUAUCUKGCAUUGCGAUGAGUUAUCUACCAAAAAAACAACUCGACACAGAACGUGUUUGCCACCCUAGACUAAGGUAUUGUAUUGCUAUAAAUAAAUUAUAGCGCAAGCUAUCAAGCAACCAACCUUGUGGCUUUGUUUACAGUCACCUGGCAUGGGGGUGCACCCACAGAAUCAGUCAGUAGAAUAGGACCUCUAUGGGUGCACCUCUCAUGACGUCAAACACGKUUGAAACUUUUAGAGGUAGGUAUGACAACUAGCUAAAUUUGUUUCAAGCAGCAAAGUAGCUGGUUGCAAGCAUUUGGAAGACAGCACCGCGAACAACCAUGCAAUUUCAAUCAGCCUUUGACUCCAUAGGGGACCAUGGUUAUGUUGAAGAUCUCUGCUUUCCUUGUUGCCUAUGCCCUGGUCAUUUGCCAGAUGUACAGCUCACAAGCAGCCCCUGCCAGAACGGGCAUAGAGUCCAUGACAGACCAAGUCACGCUCACGGACUACGAGGCACGGAGGUUACUCAACGCCAUAGUCAAGGAGUUUGUGCAGAUGACAACUGAAGAGCUGCAACAGCAAGUGAAUGAAGGCAAUAGCAUUGAAAGACCCCUAACCAAGCGCUGCUCCAACCUCAGCACCUGCAUGCUGGGCAAACUGUCCCAGGACCUGCACAAAUUACAAACGUUCCCCCGCACAGACGUGGGCGCGGGCACGCCUGGCAAGAAACGCAGCACGCCCGAGAGCGAACGCUAUGCAAGCUACGGAGAGACACUUGACAGCAUCUAACCCUUCGCCCUCCUCCUGUUCCCACUCUUUUUCACUUUUAAUUUGAAUGUCCUCCUGGUUUUAAAUCUCCGUGCAUGUAGAUUUUGCCUGCUUGAUUGACGUUAGAGCGGAUCUCCCAUCGCAACGCCCCCGUGAUUUUUUYCCUUCUUCUUUUGAUAAUUCCUUUCCCCUUUCGGCAGAGAAUGACGUUGUAUCUGUUUAGACAAUCGAAAUGAGAACUUAUCUAAAUUACAAUUAUUCAAAAGAAUGACUCGAAAUGUAUAGAUGAUUUUUUUCUGAGUGUAUAUUCAUAUAAUUUGAUUGCGUUACAAAUUCCUCAAAUCUCCAAAUUCAUGAGAGAUAACCUACGUAUUAUUCGACCAUAAUAAAUGGUUUCUUUAUGCGGCACCAUGUUUCUUUUUCAAUAAACCUAUUUUUAUACCA